UAAAUAUUUGUACAAUGAACAAACUUGUGUUAAUAUUGACUUUUAUUUGGUUGGAUAAACACGUGCUAACGACUUUAGCGAGGAAGAUCGAAUGUGGUUAUAAGCAAUGCCCCCCGACCAGAGAGGGAGCGCUGAACGUCCAUCUCAUUGCGCACUCACACAUGGACGCCGGCUGGGUGAAGACAUACGACCAGUACUACUACGGAUCUAAACCAACAAUCAGCACAGCCAACGUCCAGCUCAUCUUCCACUCUGUCCUCUCGGAGUUGCUCCACGACAAACGCAGAAAAUUCACGUUUUCUGAGGUGAGCUACUUCUGGCGAUGGUGGAAAGAGCAGCGGCCAGCAACCAGGGCUACCUUCCGAGGCCUAGUCCAGGAAGGCCGCGUGGAGUUCGCUGGCGGAGGCUGGGUCCAGGGGGAUGAGGCCACGACGGAUUUUCUGAUGAUACUGGAUCAGUUCACCUGGGGACUCAGAAAGAUGAAUGACACCCUCGGUCCCUGCGGCAAGCCGAAGGCCGCCUGGCAGAUCGACACAUAUGGACAUACGAGGGAGCAUGCCUCGCUGCUGGCUCAAAUGGGCUAUGAUGGACUAUUCAUAGGUAGAGUCAACCACAAAGAGAGAGAAGCCAUGUUGGAGGAAGAAAGAAUGGAGUUCAUGUGGAGAGGGAGCGAUGUUUUAGGCAAGAUGUCAGAUAUAAUGACACACACUCUGUUCAACCUGUACAACGCCCCGGACGGUUUCUGCUUCGACUUCCUCUGCAAUGAGGAGCCGAUCGUCGACGACCCUGACAGCAAGGCGUACAACGCAGAGAAACGGGUCAACGACUUCAUAACUCAAAUCGAACACCAAGGCAAAUACUACGAACACGACAACAUCUUGGUGACCAUGGGCGGUGAUUUCACGUACCAGAGCGCUGCCAAUUGGUUCAUGAGUAUGGACAAACUCAUCAACCACGUGAACACGCACCCAGCCAACAUGUCAGACAUCAACAUCUUCUAUUCGACGCCAUCUUGUUACCUGAAGGCUCUGUACCUGAACGGUCGGAGGGACAAAGCCAUUUAUACUGAAAAGGGUGAUCACCUGCCGUAUGGCAGCGACUCUAGUACGUACUGGACCGGGUUCUACACGUCGAGGCCCAGCAUCAAGUAUCUCACGAGGAAGACUCACAUUUUUCUUCAGAUAGCGAAGCAGCUGACAGUCCUCGCCCGAAUGGGGGAUUCGUACGAGCUGCAUCUACUGCGACACGCGCUUGGCAUCAUGAUGCACCAUGACGCCAUAACAGGCACCAGUCAGCAGCACGUGGCAAACGACUUCGUAAAGAUGCUGACCGAAGCUUUCGUCGCGUGUACGAAGAAGGUUUCUACUUUACUGAGCUACCUGACACCGACGUGGGCCGGCACUCGUCGGUCCAAAAGUAACCAGCAGUUCAACACGUGUUAUCAACUCAACAUCAGUCAAUGCACGUUCGUCGAGGGUCAAGAGAGCCUCCUCCUCCUAGUAUACAACCCUCAGAGCGUGAAGACGUACCACUACGUGCGCAUACCAGCCAUAGCCCUACACUACGUCAUCAGGAACGCUUAUGAUGAAGAGUUAGAGUACCAGCUCUCGCCCCUGUCUCCAGCCAUCACCAACCUGCCGGGGCGAACCGCCACCACCAACCACGAGCUGGUCUUCGAGGCGGAGAACGUCCCGCCCCUGGGCUUCGCAUCCUUCUACGUCACAGCCAUCAAGGAUCCUCUGGGAGAUUUGGAAUACAUGAAGAAUAAGAAAUUAGGCCCCGACCUCGAGAUGCUAACGCAGAUCACCAAUGAGUAUCUGAAGGUCACUAUCAACAAGCAGACCGGUUUACUGGAAUACAUUCAGCACGUGAGCGGCGCGAAGGUCGAGAUCACCCAGAAUCUCUACUACUACGCGCAGACCAGGGGGAGCCUCCAGUCAGGAGCUUACAGCUUCAGGCCUGACCAGCGACCGACACCUAUCGCAGAAAAAGCAGCGUACCAUACGGUCCGAGGGGCCCUGGUGAAGGAGAUUCACCAGCGCUUCUCAAACUGGGCCUCGCAGACCCUGCGGCUAUAUCGAGGGGAGGAGUACCUCGAGAUCGACUGGGUCAUAGGACCAGUGCCCAUUGGCACAGACCUGGGGAAGGAAGUGGUGUCCAUCUUCACAAGCAACAUCAGCAACCGCGGGGAGUUCUACACAGACUCCAACACGCGCCAGAUGAUGAAGAGGAGCUGCUGGAACGAGUCUGCUGGUCAAGUCUUCAAAAAGCCAGUGGCGUCGUGCUACUAUCCUGUCACGUCCCGGAUAUGUAUCCAGGCAUUCAACUCUAGCACAGGAAUGUGUAUAUUGCCUGAUAGGACCCAAGGCGGGACCUCAUACAACAACGGAGAAAUAGAACUUAUGGUCCACAGAAGACUCCUGACUGACGACGGCUUCGGUUUGGACGAGACCCUGAAUGAGGAGGAGUUCGGAGCGGGGCUGGUGGUGCGCGGGCAGCAUCGGCUGCUGCUCGGCUCUAAAAUUAAGCUGGAGGGAGAAGAGCUACCGUUCCAAGAGAGAAUGAGCCACAUAGCUCGUCGCUGGCAGUGGGAGCCGUGGAUCUUCGCUGCGUCAGCUGACAAGUUGAACAGGAGAAAGUGGCAGGGCAUGAGGAAUAAGCGGUUCUCGGCGCUGCGCGUCCACGGGUUACCUCGCCAGAUUCGGAUACUAACUCUGGAGCCGUGGAAGGCAGGCUCCGUGCUGCUCCGACUUGAGAACACCUUGGAGAAGAACGAUAGAACCACUCAAAGACUGGAUCUACCAGAUGACACGCCGCUGCCCACACACAUCAACGUCGAACUAAGGAAACUCUUUCAGCAUCUGAGAAUCAAGUCGGUGAGAGAGACUACUCUCGCAGCGAAUCAGUGGCUAGAGGAGGCGAGACAGAUGGACUGGAGUACCAGAUACGUGUACACCGGCGGAGAUGACGGUAUUUUGUCAGAAGACGUGGAUUACGCCGAAGACGAGAAAUCUGCACAUAAAGAUUCAGAAUCUGAGCCGGAACAAGAUCCCGACUUCCCGGACAAAAGGGCCGAGAGACGCAACCAACACAAAAGAACACCAAGAUACGAUAACAGAAGGAAACGAGCCGUCAACAUAUCUGAAAACUUCGUUGACAACGACUUCACCAACGAAGCUAAAGAAAUCACCACAGAAGCUGACGAACAGACGAACGAAUCUGAAUUUAACGAUUCAUUAUUUGGUAAUAUCACUGAUGUAGAAGAAACUAUAGAACUGACGACUGACGGCAAUUUUGAGGAAGAUGUAUUGAAAAAUAAAACUGAUGUUAACCAUUUUGCAUUCGGAGAUAAUUCUGGACUGACUACAGAGAAGUUGGUGAAAAGAAAGUUUUCAAGUGAAUUUAGGGCUUUGGAUUCUUUCGAAGAUGUAACUUCGAUACGGUCGAGUCAAAAGGAUGGUCAGAAGCGUCCAGCAGAGGGUACCGACACCAACCCCGAUGAAACUGAUGAUGGGGUCACAAAGUCUAUGUACGAGAUGUAUUACAAAAAAAGGACCGCAGUCAAACUGAAGAAGAGCUUCAAAAAGGCGAUUAAACCUCGACCGAGGUGGCAAAAGAUGUCGAAGAAGAUUAGCGAAGAUAAGGAAUCAACUGUACGUAAAGAAGCCGACAUGAAGCCGAAUGAACCGUACGUGUCAAGAGCAUACCUGUACGAGAGUGGAGAAGAGAAACAGAGUGGGGACGAAGAUGAGGACGCGAAUAUGGAACCAGCUCGAAUGCGCACGCGACGCACAAGAGGAGCCAGAAGGAGAAAGAGAGCGAUGGACCGCGCAGCCCUGACCCGGGAGGAGCCAGAAUUCGUGGUCACUCUGCGCCCCACACAGAUCCGUACUUUUGUGAUACGCUUCGAGACUUCCAAACACUAUUAGCUGAAGGUGCUGGAGG